AUGCUGGAAAGUGUCAAGCACAUCUUUUUGGUCCUGUCGGGUAAGGGCGGCGUCGGAAAGUCGACGGUUAGCACGCAACUUGCCCUGGCGCUGAAGGAGGCCGGUUUUAAGGUAGGAAUACUGGACGUCGAUCUUUGUGGGCCCAGCGUUCCGUUUUUACUAAACCUUGAAGGGAAAGAUGUUCACCAGUCUUCGGAAGGAUGGGUGCCGGUAUAUACCGACACGGAGCAGAAGUUGGCGGUCAUGUCCAUUGGCUUUCUCCUGAAGAGUCGGAACGACGGAGUUAUUUGGCGAGGCCCCAAGAAGACUAGCAUGAUCAAACAAUUCUUAACGGACGUCGUAUGGCAGGACAUUGACUAUUUAAUUAUCGAUACCCCUCCGGGCACAUCGGACGAACACAUUACAGUAAUGGAGAAUUUACGUACCGUUAAGUGCGACGGAGCGAUUAUAGUAACUACUCCACAGGCAGUAGCUGUGGACGAUGUGCUCCGAGAAGUGACAUUCUGCAGGAAAACCGGAAUUCCUAUUAUUGGAAUAGUCGAGAACAUGAGUGGCUUCGUCUGUCCAACGUGUGCGGAAUGUACAAACAUAUUUUCCUCCGGUGGGGGCCGCUCGCUCUCGGAGAUGGUGAAAGUCCCCUUUCUGGCGAAAAUCCCCAUAGACCCGGCCCUAGGGAAACUGGGGGAAAAGGGACAGUCCAUUAUGUCUUCUCUACCUGACAGUCAGGUGGCGCUGGUGUACAGGAAGCUCGUCGAGGAGCUUACCAAGAGCAAGGAGGCCUAACUACAGAUCACGUUGAUUCGUGCCUUAUCAUGGAGCAGGAAGAAUGGAGAGAGGAAAACUUUACGUGUAUUUUAUAACUGAAAGUUGAUUUUUCAAGGUUGAGCCAAUUUAUAUCACUUGAUUAAAAUCACGAUUUUCUUUUUUAACAAUCCAAGCACUGCACCGUGAUUGACCUUGUCGCAGUGUCAUCGAAAAGGUACAAAUUAAACGUAGUUUAACUCUGUUAUAACGUUUAAACGGAAGUAAUAAUUUAGAUGUUUUUUUUUUAUUGCCUGAUCUGUAUUCCUAAUAAUUGAAUUUACGAACCCAUAUAAAGAAAACUUUUUUCAAUAUUUCUGCUGAUGACGCUGCAGCCCAUGUAAUGGGAAUUUUUAGAUCGUGGCUCGUAAGCACUUAACAAAUCGAGGUGACUAAUGAUAUCUUAAUAAUAUCGAUUUAAUCUAGUCUUAUGAACGAGGUUAUUUAAAUAUUUAACAUGUCUUUUAAAAAUCGCGAUUUUAAUCGUGAUUCAAAGAGAGAUCUACAUUUCUUUUCUUAAGAAAUCAUGACUUUUAACAACCCUGUCAUUUUCUAAGGCACUUUUUAGGUUGUGGCCGUCGUUGCCAUCAUAAAAAAAAAACUGAAUUAAAACUCCUGUGGUGGGAGGUUAACGUUUUCAGUUUAUGGCGACUUCGUCAAGAGAUACUUGCGAUUGAUGCAUUUAGUUUUGUAUUCGAGGCUGGGCACCCAGAAGAGAAAAUUCGUAAUAGGGAAAAAUGAUCGUUUUUAUAUCGUGCUACAUACUUUGGUUGUAAAAAAAUAAAGGUACACUUUGUAUCGCA